CUUUGUUUCUUCGUGCUAGAAAAAAGACGAAAUGAGCAGCAAAGACGUAUGUUUAGUGCUUGGAGCAACUGGCGUCGGAAAAACUUUAUUACUCAAACGCUUACAAGAUAUCCUUUGUCGCGAUGGUUCAUGUGAAGUGGGUUCGACUCCUCKAACUCUUCCCACAGUUGGAACAAAUCUGACAGACCUAACUCUGAAGAAGAAGAGAGUUACAGUGAGGGAGCUGGGAGGCUGCAUGGGUCCUAUAUGGCCCAGUUACUUUGAAGACUGCUCCUGUGUCAUUUUUAUGGUGGAUUCAGCUAACAUUGCUCAGAUAUCCUCCUCCUGCAUCCAGUUGCUGUCUGUUCUCUCUGCUGAGCCUCUGCACAAUGCCUCUGUGCUUAUUCUCUUUAACAAGAGGGACAUGCCUUGCAUCAUGAGCCUAACAGAGAUGAAGUCACUGUUCAGGAUGGAUGACAUCAUUGUGUCUGCUCCUCAGCACAUUACAACACUGGAAGUCAGUGCCCGUUCUGGACAGGGACUGCAAGAAGUGUUGAGUUGGCUGGAAAGUGUCACAGUCAAAUGAUAGUAUUUGUUCUUUUAAAAAGGUGAUUCUUCCCUCAGAAACGUCCGAGACGACUCUCUGACAAGGACUCAGUCAGUUCUCAAAGUGUGCUUGUACUCCGUACCACCACUUCUCAAAAACAUGUCGGUACUCAGCAUCGCUGUCACAAACUGUAAUCUUCAGCCAGUUCAUAUAAACUAGGACAUCUGUUAAAAACAGGAAGUCUUAACUCACUGUACACUGCUUCUGGCGGGGUCAAAUAGGUGAUGAUUGGUAAAGAGCAGGUGACUGUAGCACAUCACUGUAAAAGUACAUGACAAUAGGAAUAAUCCAUCAUUUUAAACUGUUCGGGGACGAUUUCUGGAAUAAAUCCCAGCAAACUUUUGAACUGCAAUCAGCCGUUACAGGAAGGACCUCUGCAAACUUCAUAACUUGUAUUUAGAGCUAUGAAAAGUGUAGCUGGGAGAAGCAUCAAAAGGUGUGUGUGUGUGGGGGGGGAGACAAGUAAAACUGGUUAAGUUUAACAGCACCCCCCCCCCAAAAAAAAAUAAAAAAAAUACUAUAGAAAUGCAUCUUUGUACUUAUUUCAUCAUAAUUAUUGUUUUUACAUUCUUUUAUUUGUUCAUUUCAUUGUGGAUUUGGAUGCCACAAAAUAGUUUCAUUCAGAUUUAUUUCAAAAAUUUUAAAAUAAACAAAUUUAAGGAAAGAACUCGUGUUACAGAUACACGACUGUAUUUGAUUAGAUUUGAUGGUUCACAAGCAAUGAAUAAAACUCAGAAUUUGA